GGGGCAAGCUCACGCUAGCAAGAUAACCAACUCAUGGCCUGUGGAAAUAACACAGUUUUUCACGAGUAGUACCGUUAAACCUCAGCCGCCUUCUACAGAAAGUGGUUCAGCAGCAGCAGCCAGUCAACCACUGACUGAGAGGUGUUGUUUCAGCAUUUUAAGGCAGCACCGUAUAGUCCUGCCCUACCAGGAAGACUGAAGAGAAUCUGAAGUAGGCUUCGCGUUGCAAGUUGGCCUUAGACUAAAACAGCAGUCUGGACAUUCCUUUGGAUUCCCCUUCUUGAAUCACUGCAAUAAAGCAACAGGGGUGAAGAGGCCAAGAAAGGAGGAAAUCCCAGCUGCAACAAGUGUUUACCAGAAUGGACAGCCAGGGGGUGGGGGAUUUACUGGAGGAGUGUCUCAGGGCAGUAGCAGCAACUCAAGGGUCCACCCAGCCCACUGAGGCAGAGAGGCUGAACUACUGUAGCUGCAGAGACUCGCUGUGUGCAGAACUUGCCUCUCUCCUGCAAGAGGCAACAGAAAUGAAGUGGCCCUUCGUGCCGGAGAAGUGGCAGUAUAAGCAAUCAAUCAGUGCCAAUGACAAAACCGACCUCAUCAGCAAGCACCUAUCUCAGCUACUGGCUGUCCUAAAGGCUUCCAUCACAGCUCGGGAGGCACGCACAGCCCUGGCGGUGGUCUUCUUAAUCGACCGCUUCCUCUACUGGAUGGACGAAUCCAGCCGGCUGCUGAAGAUUGCCAAGCUGCUCCACAGACGCUACCCUGACACCCCUGUGGCCCCCCAACUGGUCAUACGACAGGCCAGAGUCUACCUUAACUCUGGCAAACUACAGAAGGCAGAAUACAUACUGAGCAGUCUCAUUAACAAUAGUGGGGCCACAGGUUGUUGGGCGUACCACUCUGAAAGUGACAGAGUUCUUGUGCAGGCCGUCAGUGUUCAAGUGCGUGGAAUGACGUUGCAAAAGCUAGGUCUGUGGCUAGAGGCAGCAGAGCUGAUCUGGGCUUCUCUGGUUGGCUACUAUGCACUUCCUCAACCAGAUAAAAAGGGCAUUGGAACCUCUCUUGGCCUACUGGCCAACAUAUUGGUGUCUAUGAAUGAUGAGGACUUCCACUCUUUUAGGACUAAUCCAGAUAUUGAUUUGUCUUUACUUGGGGACAGGAGCCAUCGUCUUCUUUCAGCAGCCCAGGCAGCUAAGAUGGCGGUGGUGUACAGCCAGUACACUUCACUCUAUGUGUUAACCAAUGCGGUAACUCAAGGAACCUGCUUGUUAUCGUACAGUUUCUCAGUGGAGUGCCCAAACUCUCAAAAGCAGUCUUUCCUUCUGCAGGCUAGAGAGGCUUUUGAAAUUGGCCUGCUCACCAAAGAAGAGGGAGAGCUGGUCACCAGCAAGCAGGAGCUUCACAGCUUCCUCAAGGCUGCCUAUUCCCUCACUGCCGCGCACAAGUGGCUUGGCACUCCUCAGGAUGUCGAGGAGCAGGCAACUCAAGCUUGCCAGACAGCUUUAGGAAAGUUCUAUGAUUACUGCCAGGCAGAUACCCAGGACAAAGACGGCAUCUGUGCCGAAAUCAUGCAACUGGUCGCCGGAGUAAAGCUUCUGUUGCAGGUGAAGCCUUUCCUUAAUUCAGAAAAGGGGUCUUUUAUCCCUGACAGCUACAGAAACAUCAAAGACACAUCGGUAAAUUUCACUGUGGAACGUUUCGCUAAGGUGAUGCAGAGAUUCCAAAAGUAUCAUGAAUCACUAUGUGAGACAACCAGCCCAAACUGUAAGGGGACUAAGGACGAGAUGGACGGUGCGAAGCUAUGUAUCACUGCACUGGGGACAACCAUUGGUACACUCAACGCAGAAUGUAGCACUGAGGCUUGCAAUGUGUCAAAAGAUACACCUAAAGGAGAGGAGCCACAACAGAGGGGAUCAAAUCCAUCUGCUGUGCACCCACCUCAGAAGUCUGACCUGUGUACCACCCUAGGAAGCACAGAUAACCUUGGCUCUUCAUGGCAGAACUUCUCCUUGAGUAGUUCAGGGUCUCCUAGGCCCAGCAGCAGCGGCUACACGGGAAGUAUUGCCAUUGAACUUGAAGCAAAUGCAAGCAACCAGUGCUGUCUGACCACUGAGGUUGACGAUGACAGGUCAGACAGGAUGCUAUCCGCGGGAAAAAAUAAAAACAAGAAGCGAGACUUACAGGGCUGGAACUCUAGUGUCAGUUCCCAUACUGCCCCGAGAUCUGCAAUACCUGCCACAUCCUCCUCCAGUGCGAGUAGUGAUUCAGAGAAGUUUGAAGUGCUGCAAGCUGAAAUAGAGACACUGGCCACUGAGGACGAUUGGAUGACUCAUGUUGUUGGUGUGCCGAUGAAACUGCCAGAAGCUGAAGGAGCAGCACGUUCCUUAUCCCAGCUAGCUAUUAGGACAUCCUCUAGCUCGCUCGGUGACAGUUUCGGUUCCCAGUCAUCAUGGGAGAAAAUCUCAGCUAACCUGAAUUCCCCCACAAACAGAAAACCUCAGCCGAGUAGCCUGUCAAAAGCAGGAACCGGCCAAGGCAGUAGGUCAUCAGAGUCAGAUGGGAGCUUCUUCCUCUUGGAAACACUUGAUUCAGAAACCAAUAAUUCAGCUCAUGAUCAUACGCACAAAAAAGACACAUCUGGAUGGGAAUUUAGAGCCUCAUCCACGCCACAACCUCUGGAGAGCCUUAAUGUUUUGCCAAAUAUGGACACCGAAGAUAUCUCAGCAUCUGUAAAACCUGCUGCGAAAAACUCCUUAACAAUCCCACACACAAACCCAGAACAAUGUGCUCCCACCGAAACCUCCACAGAGAGUUCAUUUGAGAUGCUGGAGGACGAUCAAAGUGGACGCCAACGCGGUGAAGGUACUUCUACAGAAAAAGUGAAUGCCCCUCAGAGGAAGAACCCCUUGUGCUACAGCUGCCAAAAGCACAGCAUAGUAGCUGGUGUUGUUCCUGAGAGACAGUAUUUGUUGUCCCAGCAUGAUUACCAAGCCCUGCUGGCUGGAGUUUGCCAUGAAUGUCUGCUGAAGAGACUUCACAGUGAGAAGACACAGUUCAAACUCAAUAAACACAGAUCUGCCCACAGUGCUCUUCAUUUAAAGUUCUCCAAAGCCACAGGCCUGUGGACAGCCAGGGAGACCUGCGUUUACAUCGGGGAGCCAAUGGGGAUGCAGGGCAAGCAGAGAGCGGCAAUAUGGGUACAGUUUUUACACCAGGAAGAAAGGUUAAGCAGUUAUGUGGGUAAAGAUUACUUGAAGCCAAAGGCGAUCCAGUUCCAUCUGAAAGAUGUGGAGCGACAGAUGACAGCCCAGUACUAUGUGACUGAAUUCAAUAAGAGUCUUUACGACAAGGAGGUCAUGGCUCAGAUCUUCUUCAUUCCCUCGGAAGCACUACUGAUUUUGAAUGGAAAUGAGAUUGUAGGCUGUGUAACCGUGGAGCCCUACAUGCUGGGAGACUUUGUCAAACUGACGAACAACACUGGGAAGAAGAACAAGAGUUUCCAGGCUACAGAAUAUGGCCUUGCCUUUGGACACUUUACCUUCCAGUUCUCUGACUGCCAGGAAGUUGUUGUAGACCUGCAAGGCUGGGUAACUGCCAGUGGCAAAGGGCUGACCUACCUCACUGAUCCUCAGAUUCACUCCACCAAGACCCCUAAAGGUCCCUCCAACUUUGCUGCCAGAGGCCUCAGGUACUUCCUAGAAGAGCAACAUGGACCACAGUGCAACGGGAUUUGCCAGCUGCUCAAACUGCCUCCAGUGGACAGAAAGCCUCAAGUUCUGCCCCAGAAACUUUGAGAAUGUGCAGAUGUGUUUGUAUGUGGGAGUGAAAAGAUAAUGUUAAAUUAUGAGUAACAUGCUAUUGAUGCAAGUUUACAUAUUUCAAAGUUUACAUGAUUCAAAUCCACAACUGACAUAAAUUGUAAAGUAUUUUCAGUUCUUCUGGUACCUUUUAUGUAAACAGGGUGUGAGGUUUUACAUUUUAAAUUGUUUAAAAUUAUUUAUUAUUUAAUCUGCACAAUGUAGGAGUUUUGUUACCUGGAUCAACUAAUUCUGUAGUUUACUGAAAGAGGACAGAGUUGGAUGACAUUUAAAUUAUUGGCCUAUGUGGUGUUAGAAAGGUGAUUAUUUCUCCAUACUCUGAAUGAUAAUCUAGUCUGUGAAUUACAGCCGCUGAAUUCCAAGAUAAGUUCUAUUUCAGUUUAGCUCCUGCUGCAAUAAUUAUAAAAUACUUGUGUUGUUUUGUUUUGGACAUAAUGUUUUCGGUACCUAUCACCGUCUCUUCAGUAUGCUACUGGAUUGCUGUAUAACUGGACUGGCAGUGCAGGAAUCACCUGACACUGACGAAUAAUGUUGACUGUAUCAUCA